GCCGGGGGAGCCGGGCGGGUGGCAGCGAAGGAGGCAGCGUUUAAAGGGACCAUGAGCCGACGGCUGCGGAGGCUGGAGCCGGGCAGGAGGCUGCAGCGGGGCCGCUGAGGCACCUUUCUGGGACGGGCCUGGGACCGGGGCCAGCAGCAGACAUGGGGCAGAGUGAGUCUGAGCCUCAGGACGAGCAGGAGGAUGCAGCGCUCAUAGCCGUGCUGCCCAACCUUAAGCUCUUUGUGGAAGAUCAGCUCCAGACCAGCAUGGUGCUGGGUGUCAUGAUUGGCGUUGGUGUUUCCGUGUUGCUCAUCGCCACCUUGAUCCUGGUGCUGGUCCGCAGGCUGCGCCUCAAGAAGGUUCAGGCUCAGGAGACACCCAAGUAUCGAUUCCGCAAGCGGGACAAAGUGCUGUUCUACGGGCGCAAGAUCAUGCGCAAGGUGUCCCAGUCCACCUCCUCCCUUGUGGACACAACCAUCUCUAGCACCUCCCGGCCCCGCAUGAAGAAGAAGCUCAAGAUGUUGAACAUUGCCAAAAAGAUCCUGCGCAUCAAGAAGGAGCUGCCCAUCCUGCAGCUGAAGGAGCCGCCGCCCUCAGUGCUGGAAGCGGAUCUGACUGAGUUUGACGUGGCCAACUCCCACUUGCCGUCCGAGGUGCUGUACAUGCUGAAGAACGUCCGGGUGCUGGGCCAUUUUGAGAAGCCACUGUUCCUGGAGCUCUGUAAGCACAUGAUCUUCCAGCAGUUCCAACAGGGCGAGUACGUCUUCCGGCCUGGCCAGCCCGACACCAGCAUCUACGUGGUGCAGGAUGGCAAGCUGGAGCUCUUCCUGACCCAGCAGGACGGGAAGGAGACCCUGGUGAAGGAGGUGUUCCCCGGGGACAGCGUGCACAGCCUGCUCAGCAUUCUUGACGUCAUCACGGGGCACCAGCGGCCGUACCGGACAGUGUCUGCGCGGGCAGGUGAGGACUCCACAGUGCUGCGGCUGCCAGUCGAGGCCUUCUCUGCCGUCUUCGAGAAGUACCCCGAGAGCCUGGUGCGGGUGGUGCAGAUCAUCAUGGUGCGUCUGCAGCGGGUCACCUUCCUGGCCCUGCACAACUACCUGGGGCUGACUAAUGAACUCUUCAGUCAUGAGAUGCAGCCGCUGCGGCUCUUCCCCCAGCCCAGCCAUGCCUCACGCACCAGCCCUGUCAGACACAGCAAGCGCGUCAUCAGCGUCUCCUCCAUCGACGACCACAAGGAGAGCUCUGGGAGGCAGCCAGAUGCCAGCACCAAGGACCUGGCUGAUCAGCUCAAGCUGGGGUCCCUGGAGCCCUCUGCAGUGCCACUGCUGAGCCGCUGCAUCUCCAUGCCAGUUGAUAUCUCAGGCCUCCAGAAGGGCCCCCGCUCAGACUUCGACAUGGCCUACGAGCGCGGCAGGAUCUCGGUGUCGCUGCAGGAGGAAAGCACCGGCACCAUGGCCUCCUUCUCCCGGUCUCUGCAGUCUGUCUCCCAGGAGCCCAAGGAGCGCAGGUCAGUGAUGGUGGAGGAGCAGCCACCUGGUACUUAUCACUUCAACUACUGCGAGGACGACUCAGCAGGCGGGGCCUGCCCCUUUGGGCCUUACCAGGGCCGCCAGACCAGCGCCAUCUUCGAGGCUGCCAAGCGGGAGCUGGUGAAACUCAUGAAGAUCGAGGACCCGUCACUUCUCAACAACCGGGUGCUGCUGCACCACGCCAAGGCUGGGACAGUCAUUGCCCGCCAGGGGGACCAGGACGUCAGCCUUCACUUCGUGCUGUGGGGCUGCCUGCAUGUCUACCAGCGCAUGAUUGACAAGGCGGAGGAUGUGUGCCUCUUCCUGACGCAGCCCGGAGAGAUGGUGGGCCAGCUGGCUGUGUUGACUGGGGAGCCCCUCAUCUUCACCAUCAAGGCCAACCGUGACUGCACCUUCCUCAAGAUCUCCAAGUCGGACUUCUACGAGAUCAUGCGGGAACAGCCCAGUGUGGUGCUGAGUGUUGCCCAUACUGUGGCCGCCCGCAUGUCCCCAUUCGUGCGCCAGAUGGACUUUGCCAUCGACUGGAUGGCGGUGGAGGCCGGACGGGCCUUGUACAGGCAGGGCGACAAGUCCGACUGCACCUACAUCGUGCUGAAUGGGCGCCUGCGCUCUGUCAUCCAGAAAGGCAGUGGCAAGAAGGAGCUGGUCGGGGAGUACGGUCGUGGUGACCUCAUUGGAGUGGUGGAAGCCCUGACCAGGCAGCCCCGAGCCACCACCGUCCAUGCCGUGAGAGACACAGAGCUGGCCAAGCUGCCCGAGGGCACUCUGAACAACAUUAAGCGCAGAUACCCCCAGGUUGUGACCCGCCUGAUCCACUUGCUGAGCCAGAAGAUCCUUGGGAACCUACAGCAGCUGUGCGGGCCCUUCACAGGCUCCAGUCUUGGUGUGGCCUCCAGCUCAGAGCUAACCAACCCAGCCAGUAACCUGUCCACGGUGGCGGUGCUGCCAGUGUGUGACGAUGUGCCCAUGGCAGCCUUCACGCUGGAGCUGGAGCAUGCCCUCAACGCCAUAGGUCCCACCCUGCUUCUGACCAGUGACAUCAUCCGAGCACGACUUGGUGCCUCAGCACUGGACAGCAUCCAAGAGUACCGGCUGUCGGGCUGGCUGGCGCAGCAGGAGGACAUCCACCGCAUUGUGCUGUAUCAGACCGACUGCACGCUGACACCCUGGACUGUGCGCUGCAUCCGCCAAGCUGACUGCAUCCUCAUUGUUGGGCUGGGGGACCAGGAGCCAGCCCUAGGCAAGCUGGAGCAGAUGCUGGAGAACACAGCUGUGCGGGCCCUGAAGCAGCUGAUUCUGCUGCACCGGGAGGACGGCCCCAGCCCCUCCCGUACCGUUGAGUGGCUCAACAUGCGCAGCUGGUGCUCAGGACACCUUCACAUCAAGUGCCCACGCCGUGUCUUCUCCCGCCGGAGCCCCAACAAGCUGAGGGAGAUGUAUGCGAAGGUCUUCGAGAAGGACGCUGACCGGCACAGCGACUUCUCCCGCCUGGCACGGGUCCUGACCGGCAACAGCAUUGCCCUGGUGCUGGGAGGAGGAGGGGCCAGGGGCUGCUCCCACAUUGGGGUGAUCAAGGCCAUGGAGGAAGCCGGGAUCCCCAUUGACCUGAUCGGUGGCACAUCCAUUGGCUCCUUCAUCGGGGCUCUCUAUGCUGAAGAACGCAGUGCUGUGCGCACCAAGCAGCGUGCCCGUGAAUGGGCCAAGAGCAUGAACUCCGUGUUUGAGACGGUCCUGGACCUCACGUACCCCAUCACCUCCAUGUUCUCCGGCUCGGCCUUCAACACCAGCAUCAACAAGGUCUUCCAGGACAAGCAGAUUGAGGAUCUGUGGCUCCCCUACUUCAACGUGACGACGGACAUCACAGCCUCGGCCAUGCGGGUCCACAAGGACGCAGGCAGUGUGUGGCGCUACGUCAGAGCCAGUGCAUCUUAUCCCCCCUACCUGCCUCCUCUCUGCAACCCCAAGGACAGCCACCUGCUUGUGGACGGCUGCUAUGUUAACAAUGUCCCAGGCUCGCUGUGGCGGUAUGUGCGAGCGAGCAUGACCCUUUCCGGGUACCUGCCGCCACUCUGUGACCCCAAGGAUGGCAACUUACUGAUGGACGGUGGCUACAUCAACAACCUGCCAGCGGACAUUGCCCGGAACAUGGGCGCCAAGACGGUGGUCGCCAUCGAUGUGGGCAGCCAGGACGAGACUGACCUCUGCAACUACGGCGACAGCCUCUCAGGCUGGUGGCUGCUGUGGAAACGCCUCAAUCCCUGGGCCCAGAAGGUUAAGGUGCCCGACAUGGCAGAAAUCCAGUCGCGUCUGGCCUAUGUGUCGUGUGUGCGCCAGCUGGAGGUGGUAAAGUCGAGCUCCUACUGUGAAUACAUUCGCCCGCCCAUCGACCGCUUCAAAACCAUGGACUUUGGCAAGUUCGACGAGAUCUACGACGUGGGCUACCAGCACGGCAAGGUGGUGUUCAGCGGCUGGAGCCGCGGCGACAUCAUUGAGAAGAUGGUGAAGGACCGGCGCUCGGCCGACUUCUACGAGAGCAAGCGCAUGGAUGUGCUGACUUGCCCCAGCGCGGGGUUCACUGAUCUGGCCGAGAUUGUGUCUCGCAUCGAGCCGGCCAAGAGCUACCUGUCCGAUGGCUACGCUGAUGGUGAGGAAUCUGACUACCUGACAGAGUACGAGGAGGAAGGGCUGGACCCCGCGCGGGGAGAGGAGGAGCUGUUAGCACCGGCUGAGUGGACCCACAGUGAAGUAUUUAAGACUGAUGAGGAGAAGAAUCUGCGGCACCGCAACUCCCUGCCCCAGGAGUGAGCCCAGCCGCCUGCUCCCGGACUGGGACAGAUGGAGCCUGCAGACCCAGGGCUGGCACUAGCAGACUGCAGCCUGCAUGUAGCUGGGGCACUGGAGCCCAUCCUGCGCUGGAGCCUCCGGCCUGCAUCUGCUGCUGGAGUCCUGAGGCCAGCCUGGUUCCACUCGGUUAAUGGCCAGGGUUCUGCUGGGGUCAGCAGCCCUUCUACAUCUCCCAGUGUGCAGUGGGACCUGGCCCGGGCUCACCUCAGGGUGGAGUGGCAGCCACUAGGCCCAGCACCCUCCACCAGCCAGUACUUGACCCAGGCCAGCGCUGCUGCAGUUCCAGGGGGGCCCACAGCUACCCGCUGUAUCAGCUACAGGCCCCUCCUGCUCACUCCAAGGCCCUGCAUUGCUCCAGGGACAGCAGGGCCCAGUCCAGCAGCCUCCACUGGUAGGGGGUGGGGAUGAGGGCAGGAUGCUGGGGCAGGACUACCCCAGCCCCCUCCCCGCCACACACACGAGGCCCAUGGCCCUUCCUUGCUGCUCCCUUCACUUGCCCUCUGCCUGCCUCAUGGAGGGCCAUGGGGUGAAGCUGGCAGCCAGGGCCCUACACCCUUCCCCCAUGGCCCUAUGCCUGCACGCUCCGUGCUGGGUGCCAGGGCUCACCUCCUGGCCAGGUGCUGCUGCAUGACCCACUCAGGUGAGGGGGGGUUCCCAAGAGGUGGUGCCCUCAAGCCCUUCUAGGUCCAACCCCAGCUUCUGCCAGCUUCUCUUCCCCUGGAUCGCCACCUGGGGUCCUGAACACCGCACUGAGUCCAGAACCUGGGAGUCCUGUGCCCCCCCACCCAGGCUGAGUGCUUUGGUGAAAACACUGCCUCUCCCUCCUCCCCUACAUGCACUGCGUAUAGGGGCAGUGUCAUUUCCUCUCGCCCUCCUCCGCAUUGCUGCUGUGGGCCAUGCCCCUCAGCAUCUCUCCUGCAGCAGCUGCUCCUUCCCAGCCCCACCUGCCACCCCGAGAGAGGGCCUGGGCUUCCUGUGGCCAUGGGGGGCAGGGCUGGGCCCUGCACUCAGGAUCAGGGAUCAGCAGGGCCUGCUCUAGCCCCAGCUGGCCUGGCCUGUAGGGGAAGCCAGGGGACCCACGGUCAGAGGGUGGUGGGUGAUUUAGGCCAGAGCCUUGCUCCCUGGCUGUGUGUAACUCUGCCAGCUCAGGCUGCUAGUCCUGGGGCAGCCCCUUUCCCCAGGGAAGCAAACCCUGGGCUCAGCAGGCAUGGACCCUCCCCCCCCCGGCUCCUGGGCACCCCCCAUUCCUGGCUGAGCUGCUGUUGGCACCUCCCCCCAGGCACCCCAUCACUGUCAUGGAGCCCCCACAGCCCAGCUGCGGCCAGGGUGGGAGCACUAGAACCCAAGAUGCUACUUAUUUUUGUUAAGUUACUGCUGAGGGGGGGAGCUGCAGGGGCGGAGGGGCUGGCAUGGAGAAGCCUGGGCACUGGGAUUUUGUUAUUUAUUUUUUAUUUAAAAGAAACCUGCUUGUGGCUGCCCGGCUGGGGCGGGGUCUGCCCAUCCUGCCAGAAUAAAAGCUUCCAUGGGCCAGGGCUGACUGUUA